AUGAAGAGCUCCACGAGCGGCCAUCGUGACCUCCUCUGCCUCAACUUCAACCAGGACGCGUCAUGCAUCAGCGUCGGGACUCGUCAAGGGUUUGCGAUCUACAACUGCGAACCGUUCAGUAAAUGCUUCCAGGAAGACAUUGGGGGCAUUGGCAUUGCGGAAAUGCUGUAUUGUACCAGUCUCGUGGCUCUCGUGGGUGCUGGGGACCAACCUGCGUUCUCACCGCGUCGACUGCGUGUAUGGAACACGAAGACAGGAGCUGCAAUCUGUGAUUUGAAUUUCGUCACGGCCGUGCUGGCUGUGCGUAUGAACCGACAGAGGUUGAUUGCAGUGCUAGAGCGCAAGAUCUACAUUUUCGACAUUAGUACCAUGAAGAUUCUGGAGACAUUGGACACCUCGCCGAAUCCAAAAGCGUUGUGCGUGCUGUCUCCACACGACAAUGGGCAUCUAGCAUUCCCCUCCGGAGCCACGCCAGGAGAGAUCGUGUUGUACGACGCCAAUGAUCUUGGUGUGCUGAAUGCAUUUCAGGCACAUCGCACAGCACCCGUGGCAAUGGCAUUCAACAUGCAAAGCACACUACUUGCGACAGCGUCCGAGUCUGGAACGCUGAUUCGUGUUUUUGCCGUUCCAAGCGGACAGAAAGUUGCAGCUUUUCGACGGGGAUCCUACGGUGCUCAAGUCUACUGCCUCGCAUUCAACGAGAGCUCAACGCUUCUGUGUGCUUCCAGUGACACAGGCACGAUCCACUUCUUCUCUCUAACUGGUGCAGAAAGUUCUGCGACAGGCAGUUUCGGCCAUUUCACGCCGAUCACGUUGACAUUGGCUGUUGCUGGAAGCACCUUCGGCUCUACGGUCUUCGGGAGUGCUGCUGCUGCAUCCAGCUCGGUCUCAACCACAGUUGACGCUUUGCCUGGUAAAUCUUCGGCACGCGCUUCUAACACUAGUGCGUCUACCACCUCGCGAACGACGCGUAGUGCCAGCUCAGCUGUCAGUAAUUUUGAGGACGUGGCUGGUGUGAUGAGCGCCUACCUUCCGAGCUCCUUCUCGGGUAUCGCGGAAGGAACUCGCGACUUUGCCUAUGCUCGACUCUGCUCGACUGGAGUACCAAACCAAUGUGCGAUUCACGGUCCCAAGGACAAUGAUAGCCCAGUGGUCCAGCUGUAUGUGGCAACUGCCGAUGGCUUCUUUUACGAGUACUCGCUGAACCUUACUAUUGGAGGCAAAUGCAAGCUGGAAAGGGAAAACGUCAUUCGCGAUAGCACGUCCGAAGAGAUCGAGGCCAUCUACAUGUCGUAG